CAAAACAUUUGGCUUUCACUUCAUGCUGUCUUAGCAUCCUAAAACGCUAUAUAAACAAGAAAACUCGUGCCAUUUACUCCAUCACAAUAAUACAACAUAGUGUGUUUACAAAGAUCAAAGAGAAGAGUCAAAGAUUAUCUGAAGUAUACUUUCAUUGAAGAUGAGUUCAGCAAGCAGAGCUUGGGUAGUCGCAGCCAGUGUUGCUGCAGUUGAAGCCUUGAAAGAUCAAGGUUUCUGCAGAUGGAACUACACCAUUAGAUCAUUACACCAACAUGCCAAGAACAAUAUCAGGUCUGUUUCUCAGUCGUCCAACAAGUUGUCUUCGUCAUCUUCUGCGGUGGUUUCAAGCAAAAUAAGAGAACACAAGGCAAAGCAAUCAGAGGAGUCUUUAAGAACAGUCAUGUACUUGAGCUGUUGGGGUCCCAAUAACUAAGCUGAUCAUGAGAGUUGCUGUAAGUUUUGAAGGUCUGAAUGAGGAACCAAAGAAUUUUAGUUAUAGAUUCGAAUUUGUCAUUCUCGUGUAGAAGUUAUAGAUUCAUGAGAGAGUAGAUAAAUAUCUGUGUUACAAGUAAUUGUAACUUGUAAAUUUUGUAUAUAUACAAAUUGAGAGAAUUAGUAGCACUCAUCUUUGCUCCGAGUUUCCAUUUAAUCUGUUCAGUACUCGAUGCUUGUCUUUAACUUAAAGAUCAUAAAAGAGAAGCUUUAUAAUUAAAGCAUAAUAGAUGAGUUCGAGGAGCAUAUAUUAGCAGGGAUAACAGCAGCCAGUAUUAUUUGCAGUAGUUGUUGAUGCUAACGCCUUGAAAGAUGAACGGUUCUGCAAAGUGCAAAUGGUACCGUGCGAUAAGAUCAUUACAACAUUCAAAGAACAAUGAUGAGUGCUGAUGAUUUUAGUCAGAUUUCUUGGUUAAUUUUUCUUCUGGUUCAAGUUAUUUAAUACUGAUCAUUUAAGGAAGAUUUAAUCAAUUUUAUAG